AUGGAAAUCAUGGGAACGCUGACGGGCUGUCCCGCUUGCUACUACAAACUGCACUGCCGCGACCCUACCUUGUCCAGAGUCUACGAUUUGACUCUGAAUGGCUGGCCAAGCCAGGGUGACUCAUCCUUACCAGGCUAUUUCAGUCGCCGUGAGCAGCUCACAGUGCAUCAAGUUUGCAUCUUGUGGGGGGCGAGGGUAAUCAUACCGCAGAAGCUGCGUCCCAGAGUUCUGACUGAGCUACAUGAGGGACACUUAGGCGUGGUGAAAAUGAAAUGCCUUGCACGAAGCUUUGUAUGGUGGCCUGGGAUCGAUGAACAGCUCAAAGACGUGGCCAAGACAUGCAACAGAAAAAAGUCCCCACCAACGGUCCCACUGCAUAUGUGGGAAUGGCCUACAAAGCCUUGGCAACGUGUGCACAUUGACUAUGCUGGACCUUUCCUUGACCGCAUGUACCUGGUCGUGGUUGAUGCACAAUCAAAGUAGCCUGAAGUUUUCUGCACAAAGACCGCAACCUCUGCAAAAACAGUUGAACUGUUACUGGCUUUGUUCUCACAAACAGGUCUUCCACAUCAGAUUGUGAGUGAUAACGGAACACCAUUCACUUCUGAAGAGUUCCAGCGCUUUAAGAAGAAUGGCAUGCAGCACACCACCAUUGUACCUUACCAUCCAGCUUCCAAUGGCCAAGCCAACAGUCAAUGA